AUGGCUUUUUCUUCGCUUCAAAUCUUCAGUACAACUUCCAGCAUGGCAUUUCCUGUCACAUCCCACCCAUUUAAUGAAUCUAAUGUUACAAUCGGAAUCAUUGCAGAGCCUGAGAUUGAAAAGCCACCAUACUCUAUCUUUGAAAUGAUCUUGAUUGCUAUAGUGGCUGGAAUGCUAAGCAUAAUUACAGUUAUUGGAAACAUAAUGGUGAUGAUAUCUUUUAAAAUGGACAAACAAUUGCAAACAAUCAGCAAUUAUUUUCUACUCAGCUUAGCUGUUGCAGAUUUUUCUAUAGGACUGAUUUCGAUGCCACUUUUUACAAUGUACUUGCUAAUUGGAACUUGGCCACUAGGAGAUUUUGUAUGUGACUCAUGGCUGGCGUUCGAUUACUUAAAUAGCAACGCAUCAGUUCUUAAUUUAUUAAUAAUCAGUUUUGACCGAUACUUUUCGGUUACUAGACCGCUCACUUAUCGAGCAUUAAGAACAACUCGAAGAGCUGCAUUUAUGAUUGCAUCAGCUUGGGUAAUUUCUUUAAUGCUCUGGCCGCCGUGGAUUUACGCUUGGCCGUACAUAGAAGGCAGACGAACUGUCAAGAAAAACCACUGCUACAUACAAUUCCUGGAAACAAACUCCUACGUUACAUUUGGAACUGCUUUGGCUGCGUUUUAUGUUCCAGUUACUGUGAUGUGUUUUCUGUAUUGGAGAAUAUGGAGAGAAACUAAGCAGAGACAAAAAGAUCUUACGCAUUUACAAGCAGGGAAAAAAGAAGAUAGCCGUAAAUCUACCUCAAGUGAUGAUCCUCCGGAUCACGAAGAGGCAGUUCGCAAAAUCGAAGAAUGCAAAAGGUAUCGAACUGAUUCAUGCGUUUUGGAAGAAACAACUGAAACCACAUACGUACCUACUUCCCUCUGCGUUGAAACUUCCAAGUAUUUGCCAAAGAAUAAAGAAUCCAAGACAUUAAAAAUAACUGAACUUUUACGAGCUUGGUGUAGAAUUGACCGGGAAGGUGAUCCUCAAGAGGAAGAAAGCACUAGUCAUGAGUCACCUGUAACAACUCCUGCUUCGUUGGAAACGCCAAUGCAACCGUGCUCUCGAACCGCGUCCAUGAGCUUCCGAAUAGACCACCGAAUUCCUUUACAAAGUCAGUCAUUUGCACCUUCUACAUCUUCUCACAAAACCAAUGACCAAGCCAUUCCAAUGACCGAGAGAAACGGACAAAAACGCUUUGAACCAACGAUACCUGAAUGGAAACGUCAAAUUAUGUCUCCAAGAACUGCUACAACCCCACUCGUUACUCCACCAAUGCAAACUGCAGUAGCAGGAAGUAGCGUUACAUCCUUAAGAUCUCAUAUUCCACCACCAACCCAGCUUCCAUCCCCUCAACCUUCCAUUUAUUCUCCGGAUUCUGUUUAUACAAUAUUAAUAAGAUUACCUCCAAAGUCGGCAUCAAUAGAAGGAGAAGGAGAAUCUCAAGCUUCUAUUAAAAUGAUUAUGGAAGACGAAGAAACAAGCGCCGAUGCAAUUGAAUCCAUUCAAGAUGGAGAAUCAUCUGAUAUAAAAAAUCCGCUAGAAUCAGGUACAGCCGAUAGUCUUCUGAAAGCAGCUGAUUCAGCAGUAGAUGCAAUACGACUUCCAUUAAAUACAAAAUUGGUGCAUAAACAGGUGGCUAAACAUAGAGCUCCCAAAAAGAAACGUAAGCAGCAAGAAAGAAAGCAAGAAAUGAAAGCUGCUAAAACCCUCAGUGCUAUUUUGUUUGCAUUUACUGUUACUUGGACCCCAUAUAAUGUUUUAGUCCUCUACAAGACGCUUUCAAACUGUGAAGAUGAUGACUGCAUCACUCCGGGUUUAUGGAAUUUCGCUUACUACCUGUGUUAUAUUAACAGCACCGUCAACCCUUUCUGCUACGCACUUUGUAAUGCAAAUUUUAGACGAACAUACACCAGAAUUUUAUCAUGCAAGUGGCACAACAAAAAGAAAACUUUGGAUAAUCGUGGGUAUUUUACCUAAUUUCUCCGUUUCCAUGUAUUUGUGUAACAGUGUGCUAGGUGUUGUAUGUGCGUGUUUUUUAAAAAAUUGUGUGAAAAAAAUCGGCGAACUUAUAUGUAUGCAUUUGAAUCACGUUAAAAAAUUUGUAGUUUCCUACAAAUGACGUGUAAAUACACUCUAUUCUUCGGUACU